AUGAAAGGUGCUCGGAGGGCAGUUUUGGUAUGGAUGAGAGCUAACAAACUGCAACUUAAUCCUGACAAAAUGGAGGUGCUACUGCAUCUCAGUGUCUACAUGCUGUGUAUCAUACCUCAAGAAACAAUGAACAUCAGUUCUAAACAGUAUUUCUGUAUUUUCUUUACUGUAGCUGGCUGCCAGGACUCCUUGAUUAAAGAGCUGCAUCACUUCAGGAUUCUGGGCGAGGAGCAGUACAAUCGUUACCAGCGCUAUGGUGCAGAAGAGUGCGUUCUGCAGAUGGGUGGUGUGCUGUGUCCCACUCCAGGAUGUGGAGCUGGCCUGCUUCCAGAACCAGAAGUGAGAAAAGUAGUGUGCGAACCAUCCAAUGGAAUGGGCUGUGGGUCUGUAUUCUGCCGUGAAUGUAAAGAAGAGUACCAUGACGGAGAAUGUAGCAACUUCCUUGAAACCGAAGGCACCACAGCCCUGAAGGGCUAUGAAGUUGAUGAGCAUGCAGCCAGACAGGCUCGAUGGGAAGAGGCAUCCAAAGAAACUAUCAAGAGAACAACCAAACCAUGCCCUAGCUGCCACGUACCAGUAGAAAAAGAUGGUGGAUGCAUGCAUAUGAAGUGUCCACGAUCUCAGUGCAGAUUUGAAUGGUGUUGGAACUGUGGCCUGGAGUGGAAUCGGACUUGCAUGGGAGAUCAUUGGUUUGACUGAUCCCCAAGUAGCACUGUAAACAAUCAAAAACUCACUUAACAAUAUCCCGGUAUUAUAGAAAGGAGAAGCACAACUAUAGCUGCUUCUAUCAGGGUCAUAUCCUGAACUCUUUGCUCAGGGUGCAAAUUCCUCAGUACCCCCCAGGGUCCAGGAGUUCAAGAUAUGAACCAUUUGUUGUCUUCCUACAUAUCAAAUCAUCACUAUGGGUUUAGGGAAUCUGUAGGCUUUCUGAUGUAACAGUGGUAUAAAAAAUGUAGAGGAUUAAUAGCUCUUUGCUGUGACACUUUAUCUCUACCUCCUCACGCACAACUUAUUGGUAUUCAUUCUUUGGGGACAUGAAUAACCUGUGUCAUUGCUGCUUCUCUGUCAUGGCUUGUGGGGUUUUUUGCUAAGCCUGGCUUCUGUGGGUAUUUUAUUGGGCAUUCUUGAUAAAGAAAUACGCAAUAUCAACCAAUUUAAAACUAGCUACACUGAUCUUUUUCAACAUACCAGCAUAUAAGUCUGUGGCUGGCACAGCUCUUCACAAUUUCCCUUACAUAUGGUACUAUAUGAUAUGCCUUUUCCUACCUUUACAAAUACUUGUGAUGCAAUCCUGUGUACAGUUACUACAGAGGUACUAUGCACAUUAAGGUCAAUUGCCUUAAACUGAAGUAAUUCUGCACAGAAUCAAUUUUCAGUUGUAAACCGCAGUCGUGACAGAAGUGGUAGGUAUUGCAUCUAAUUAGCCACUGCAGAAUGAUCUUCCAUCCCAGCUACGGCAAGAAUUCGCUGGAACUGCACAUUGGCCGACAGCAAAGGAUGCAUUAACUGACCUUCACGCGGUGGCAAUUUUAUUGGAAACAUUUAGUGUAACUAACUACCAAGAACAACUUGGCUGUUUACCUUUAUCAAAGAUCAGUAUUUUAACUUUCUAAAGUCUAAAGUCUGUCUAUCAGCACAGAUAGGCUGAUAAGGGCAGAUUUAAAUGUCCAUUAUACCCAUCACCAUAGGGGAUUGAUGACACAAGAAUUUUAAGGUAGAAGCAGACAUGAUAUCAGUGGAUCCAUGCCUUUGAAUGCAGAUCCCCAGUAAAAUGGGACAGAAGCAAGCAAGUCUAGUUAUGUUUAAUUUUACAGGUGUUUUUUUGAAUGUAUGUUAAAAUUAGUUUUUAAACCAAGAAAGGCCAGAUUCUCUCUCUUUACCUUACUACUCAGGCAGAAAUACAGGGAAUGUUACCUUGCAUUAAGGUUCACAAGCUUUGGCCCAGCACAGAAAAUGAUCUGUGCUAAUAGCGUAGAUUUACACCUUAAAUCUUUCCAAAAUUUGUUCCAAAGUUGUCUCUGUUUCCUAAUUGUUCGGACAAUCUUUGUACAGCUUCUUAGAAAUCAGUUUCAUCCUGUGUCCUGCUCAGCGGGAGUCGAGUUCAGAUGAAUGCAUAGACUGUUGACUGCAGAGCUUUUGUUCUCUAGGUCUGUAGGUAGAGUAUAGCUAGAAAGCUUCUGUGGAAAUGCCCACUGCAGUGUGUGCAGUUUCCUUGUUCCCCUUUCCUUUAAAUAUUGUUUUUCACUGUUGUGUCUAGGGAUCAGGGAUCUUUGCAAACAAAGUAAUGUUGGUGUGCUGUCAUGACAAAAAAGCUUUGAGUGUGUUCUGAACCCCAACAUCAGGCACUCUGACAUGGUAAUAAAGCUUUAACCUAGGGCUGCAGUAUUAUUCCUGCUUGGUUGGUUAUAGAAGGUAGAACUGAUCUUAUUUGCAAUAAAAUCACAGUGUGUAAAGAUUAGUAGUGCAAUCCUGAGCAGAAUCACUCCACUUUGAACCUAUAAAUUUCAGUGGGCUUAGACUGAUGCGGAGUGGUACACACGACUGCAUUUUUUCAUUCUUACUAUAGUAGAAUCAUCAGUACAUAGCAUCUUUCUUGUAAAUUAGAAAGUGAGCAUUCUUGAAUACGUGUAAAGAAAAGCUAAUUAUAACUUCUAAGAAAGCAAACAAUACCUGAUUUGAA